UACCUUAUCCUCCCCCACGUACCAACCCUAGAUACUAAUCAUAUACCCAUCAUCACCUACACUCUUCCAAGACGCCCUCCAUCUUCAUACUACGCUCAACCACUAGGCACUAUCCCGCAGUGAAAGACUGAAUUUUCCGUUGCCUUCACCGGAAAAAAUGGCAUGGAUUCUGUCUCUCAAACUCCUUCUCAUUUCCACUGGUGUUUUGUUCACCGCUCUGGGAGUUACAGUCUCUGUUCCAAUGCUCUUAGAGCACGCGCCUAUCAUGUGGAGCUUCUGCCUUUUGUGCUUCAAGCCUCCCUUCCUUUACGUCAUCGUCAACGGCAUCAUCAUUUGCAUCGUCGCCUCAUCCAGAUUCCAAAAGUCCACAGCCGAUGCCGUCACUGCUUAUGAGGUGAGGGCUCCGCAGGUGUCGGAGAUUCCAGCACUUCCGGCCGUGGAUGAGCCGAGAGAGGAGCCGCCGGUUCUGGAGGUGAAGGCCGUCAUGGUGAACGGUUCAGAAGCGAUCGAAGAUGAAGAAGAAGAGAAAGAAAUCGACGACGGAAUAGAGUCCAAGUCGUGGACACCGUUGAGAAGGAUGGACUCACCCGAGAUUCCCGUAGAUGAUCUUUUACCGCCGGAGAAGCCUCUGGUUUCCGCACGAUUUGGUCACCGGAGACCACCGAAAUCCAGUCCUGACGGUGGGAAGUCGUUGAGGGUGGCGAAGCCGAGACGGCACGAGACGCUGGAGAACACGUGGAAGGCGAUAACGGAAGGUAGGGCCAUGCCGUUAAGCAGGCACAUGAAGAAGAGUGACACGUGGGAACAUCGGGAAAACGUGGGCCCAACGGAGACGACGGCUGUGAAGAAAUUGGAGACCGUCGAGGACCGUGCGAAUCAGCCGUCUCCGUCGUCGUCACCGCUGAUGAAGCUGAGGAAAGAGCCGUCGCUGAGUCAGGACGAGUUGAACCGGCGCGUGGAAGCGUUCAUAAACAAGUUUAAUGAAGAAAUGAGGUUACAGAGGCAAGAGUCAUGGAAUCAGUACAUGGAGAUGAUUAAUCGUGGCAGCCAUUAACAACUAUGGUGGGGAUAUAUCUUAUAGCAACUAGAAAAUAUCUUCUUCUUUUUUUUUUCCGAAGAAGAAUUCCAUAAAAGCUUUUGGGUCAGGUUUUGAUGUUUAGACUUAGAUAGUAGAAAAAUACUGGAUUAUGGCUUGAAUCUCUUGAUUCCCCCCCCCCAAAUAGUUCAAAAACGGAAAUGAAGUUGGACAUAUUUUAUUAGAAUUUGUAAAAAGAUAAAAAGUGGUACGAGACCAGGCAUGGAUGUUUAAAUUUUUAUAUGUACAUGGGUCAUCUUGUAUGAAUGGAAAAUUAUUUUUCUAAGUUUAA